AUGUCAAAACUUCUCCCUGCAAUCUUUGCGAUACUUACUGUAGCUUCUGCAGCUACAGUUCAGGAAACUCAGCUUGGAACAUUCGGUGACAAGGGGAAACUUUAUAUUAAACCGGCACCACCUCCUGCGGCCUAUGUCAAUGGCACCCAUACCAACAGUGUAUUACGGGAAGACUUCUCAGUGACCAACUUCCAGUGUGUCCCCCCUGGAUCGAAUGGCCCAGCAUCGGGAGACGACUGUGCGGAAAUCUACAGAGAAUUACUCAACAUUUCUGGCCAAUCAUACACUAUUCCACCGCUUGAGAUUCUUACAUUCGAGUAUAUUAGCUGCGCCGUGGGCAUCUUGAACCGCGACGUUUGCGGUGAUAUUCAUUUCACUGCCGGCGAAUUGGCACCUUUUGUCAACACAAUGCUACAGUGUCCUUACAACUAUGGUGCUGAUGGCGUGAUUGAAGGUGAAGAUCCUCCGGUCAUGAUUGUCAUGACCGGACUGGACGAGGAUCUUCCAAGCUAUACUGCAGACGGCAACUGUAAUGAUGCUCAUGAUGAGCUUAAGAGGAGCCAGGCGUGA